CCUCAAGAUGGUGAAAGUUUCAGGGCGUAUAGUCUUCGCUUCCCGGUUUGAGUGAACAUUCAUCGUAGUCUCUAUUGUACUAUGGCACAGAGGAAAAAUGCUGCUUUUGAGAGCAUGACUUUUAUGACAAAAGUUCAAGAUCCCAGACUUCUGAUCGCGUGAGCACGCAGUACUAGGAUAGUAGUUCUUAGAGGAAAGGUUUCAGUGAAAUCGAUCGCGUUGGUUAAGAAAUGGUCCAUCACGAAGAUGGGGUCCUUUUAGCCCGUGUCAUACCAUAGGCGAGAAAUAGAGGUGACGCUUUAUCCAAGCAGAACCAUAAUUGUCUCAGGUGAUUAUGUUCCCCAUCAUCGAAUAUACGCCUGGUCACAAUUGCAGGUCUCUACUGAAUCACGAUGCGAAUAUAUCGUAAAAAUACUGCAAGUGACUGAAGUAGUCAUUGUCAGGAACCGAUGUUGGGUGGUUUCAGUCGAAAUUCGAUAUCUCAGUCAAAUGAAAGGCUUUAGGUCUGAAAAUUUGGAUUUAUACGUAACACAAUCCCCUCUACAAGAUGGGCUAACUCUCAGCCCAACCCGAGAUCAUCGAUUGAGCACUCCCUGUCGAAUCUCUCGUGCAGUGACUCUUAGGAUUAUGUGUAAAAUCAAACCUUGCAUAUAAUAAUAAGUAUGUAUGGGCACUAUAGCGGUAUAGUCAGUUCCUUACCAAGUCUCUUCGAUGAGUUGCACGAAGAAACUUUCCGAGUGCCCCAUGUAUAUAUUCAUAUUGUGAGCAUCCUAAAAGAUCGAAUAUUUCUCUUUAGAUAAGCCAAGGGCAGCUAAUAGUUUAAUCUUGCUAGUUUCUCAACGAUAUCUUUCGUUUGAUAUAAAAAUAUUUUAUUUGUUCGCUUAUCAACACAGACACGUUCCUUGUGAGUAUAAAGGUAUAACAAAUAAUGUGCAUGUGAAGAAUAGUCUAACUAAUCACUUUCAACCACAAUAUAUUGUAAUUUUUCAACUGGAGCGAUAUAGUCUGGAUAUGAUGGAGGACGUUUAGCGCAAUCUCCUUCGAUUCGAUAAUCCCACUCUGACUUGUGAUUAUAAUGCACGCAGCCAAAGUAUUUACCAGACGUGCUUGGAUGAAAAUAUAAAACUGUGGAGGAAAUUGUGGUUGCCAUUAGCCAACCUCCACAAUAUAUUCGGUAGAUAUAGUUUGGAUUAAAAGGAGUAGUUGUAUCUUUCAAGUCCAUGUUCUUCCAUCUCAGACCCGAAUUUGACGCCAUAAUAAAUUAAACUGUUUGAGAAGUUAACUUGAUAAUGUGAGAUCUACCCACAAAUUUAUAUACUAUUCGUUAUCUACUAUUUGCUUAUCUGUUCUUUGUAUGCAACUGGCAUGUUUUACUAUUUACAAAGAAGGAGAGAAACACUACAUGUGUUUUUAAAAACUACGUUAUGUUAUGCACCUUCUUAAAUGCAAUCAAAGGGGGUGUGGAUGGGUGUCUUGCCUCUUCAUCCACAUCCACUCACACCCACACCCUAAUGAAUUGACGUACAUGCUCUGGUUCAUUUUCGCGGAAAGUCGAUGUCGUUUGCACACAUAUCAUACUGGAAUAGCGGCCUUCAAUUAGAUAGUAAAUAUUUGAUAAGAAAAUGGAGAAUGGAGCACUUUGUUGGCUGUUAUCAGCGGGUUUUUUCCAAGUUUCACGAAAAAAGCAACACAAAGCCAACACACAGGUGAAGUAACGGUGAAUCGGCAAGCGUUGACGCCAGUCAGUGGGGAGCCAGGUGCACAUAUGCGACAAUAUCAAGGGGGGAAACGGUAGAUUCCCAGGAUUCCGGAUCCCUUGGAUUACGAUGGAAAGGGUGUGGGUGUAGGUGUGAGUAUAUCUAUCUUCUCUUAAUCCACACACCUACUCACACCCACACCGUCAAGAUUAUGAAUUUUUAUAUUCAAAUUUUAGAAAACUUUUUCAAAAUAUCCAAUAGCUUUUUCAUAUAAAUCUAAUUUUCGAUAUCAAAGUCCACAUUCUGUUAAUACAGUCUAUUUAAGAUUAAUUCUUGAUCGGUCAUUUUCAUGAUUAUGAUUAUCAGUAGUUUUUUUCAAUACAUUCAGUAAAUUCAAUUUCCUUUUCACCAUUGAUCAAAUUAUCAUUUUCAAUUUUCAAAUAAUCACCAUAAAUAUUAAGUGCUUGGGUUACCUAAGAAUUUGUAUAUAUUAAAACAAAAAUUAAUCAAUUAUACUUCAUCUUUAUGAUAUUCAAUUGCAUCGAAAAGAUUAUCAAGUUCCAAAUAAGAUAUAUUAUCGAUUCUUACAUGUAGUAUCAUCUAUGUUUUUGUAUAACAUUUUCGAAUAGAAAAAACAAUUGAUUUAUUUUUUCAAAUUCAUAAACCAAAUGAUAUAAAUUUAAUUAUAUUUUUUAAUGCAUGUGCUGAAUUAGGUGAUGAAAAAGGGUUCAAAUUAGGUAAACAAAUCUAUUCAAAAUUAUUAUCAAAUAGAAAAUUACUUAGUGAAAAAGUAGCUCAUUCGAUAUUAAAUAUGUUUAGUAAAUAUUCAGAUAUUGAAAGUACAAAAAAAUUAUUUCCUCAAUUAAAUCGAAAUGAAAUGACAUAUGGAUUAAUGAUGAAUAUGUAUAAUAAGCGAAAUGAACCAAAACAAACUUUAAAUUUAUAUGAAGAAAUGAAACGAGAAAAAAUUCAACCAAAUGAGCAAAUAUAUUUUAAUUCUUAA